GGAUUGGACUAUCGAAGAAAAGGAAAAAACGAAGAAAAACUUCAUAUAUUUCAACUGGAAAGCUCUACUAGAAUAUCCACUAUUGAUGAAACAGGGGAUGUUUUUGAAUGUGACUCAUCUAUUGCGGAAAAAAUUCAGCAAAAAAAUAAAAAUAUAUCUUUGGAGCACCUGUCUAGCAUUCGCAAGAUAAAAGGCCCAGGAGAGAUAUGUAAGACCAUUACCCAAGGCGAUAUCUAUGUAGGAUCACCUUGGGAAACAGGAAAAACAUAUGUUCUAGAGCAUUUUACUAUAUCUGAUAAUGUGAAUUUACUAGUAUUAUCCACGCGCCACUCUUACUCGAAUGCUGUUACUACAAGACUCAAUCUCAAAUCAUAUUGUGAUAUUGAUGGUAAUAUAAAUCUACCUGAUCACAAGAGGGUAGUUUGCCAGAUAGAAAGCUUACAUCGGAUUACUAAUAAUUGUAAAUGCAGUAAAAAAUGUAAAUGUCCUCCAAUCCAAUAUGAUUUAUGGCUUGAUGAAAUAGUAUCUAUAAUUGCUCAAGCACAAAGUCGUCUGGCGGGUCAAUCGAUAGAAAAGUUAUAUAAAUUAAUCCAAGAGGCAAGGCGUAUUAUUGUUAUGGAUAAUGACCUAACUGAUCUAAAUAUCGAAUGGAUUAAAGCCCUUCGAAAGGAUAAACCAUUCUCUAUUAUCCACAAUACUUAUCAACCACAGAAAGGCAAGUUGUUCCGCUUAGCUCCUAAUAAAGAAACAGUAUUAGCUGAACUUUGGGACUGGGCUAAGAAAACCGAUUUUCCUGAACUACGAAUCAAGAAAUAUCAUGGUAAAUCAGAUCCUGAGGAAAAGGCUCGCGAUUUUAGCAAUGUAGAAGAAUCAUGGAAAGACUUAGACCUAAUUGCCUACACUAGCACUCUAAAAAUAGGAGUAUCAUGUACUAAUCCUAAGUUUGAGCGAGCAUUCUGUCUUUUUAAUAACUUCAUAGAAACAAAUGCUGGAACGAAUCAGAUGUUAUUCCGCAUGCGGUGUAUCAAAGACUAUAUAUGUCAUAUCGAACAAAGAUCAUCUAACGUCCCCAUUACAGAAAAGGGGUUAUUUCAGUGGUUGUUGAAUGCUAAACGCGAAUGUCUUCCUCGAGAACUUCAGAAUAGAGGAAUUUUUCCAGAUGUAGAUUCUAUUAUCCAGAAUAAAGACAUGCCAACUAUUCGAUUGUGGGUAGCAUAUAUGUUGGAAAAAUUCCGUUCCCAGCGCUUGUUUGGUUGGAGGAUAGUUGAUUUUCUUCGAAAGGCGGGUAUGGUAAUUUCUAUCAUAGAAUCUAUUCCUAAACCUGAAGAUAUUAUGACAUCGCUAUCCCAAAUAGUGAUGGCGAGUUCUUCUAUCAUUAAAGCAGAGGAGAUAGCAGAUGUUUCCAAUGCUACUAUUGUCGAUCGUGAGACUGCUGAAUUUUUAGAGAAUAAAUCAAAGAAGACUUUAGAAGAGAUGCGGUCUCUGGACCGGCACCACAUUGUGGAUUGCUAUGAGAUGUCGCCUGAGUUAUUGACUGAAGAUUUUAUCUCGAAAUAUGGAAAUUUUAAUCAUAUGAAAUG